CCACAAGGACUGCAUUAUAAAUCCAGCACAACAACAGCAGACUUACUUGUAAUGUUAACAUUCAGCAACCAAAAAGUCUCUAUCAGCUUCCUGAGGCAGAACUUGGAAGUAAAGGAUGGCAAAUGAAAAUUAAGGACAACAUGCAUUGAUAUUACACUGUAAGUGAAGUGUAAAACUUACCUAUCAUCAAGUAACCUCUUAGCUUAAUAUCCUACUUGUUUGUGUUGUUUUUCUGGAGUAUUUUGACAAUCAUUGCAACCAAUCUAAAAUCUAACCAAUCUAAAUCUAAAAUAUAAAGGACAUGUUUGAAAAAUCACUUCACCAGUGCUAUGAUGUCAACAGAAUAUUAGCAAACUAAUAUUAUUACUAUUUUUGAUUUCUACAAAACCUAUGGAUCCAUUAAAUGACACUGUUCUUGAGGUUGGAAAUCAGCUGUUCAAUGUCAACAGAUCUGUCUUAGCUUCCCAAAGUAGAUUUUUUUAUGUUUUGUUUUAUGGUGGGUUCAAGGAAAGUACUCACCGUAAAAUUCAUCUGGAAGGGGUAAAUGAAUGGUGCUUCCAGGCCCUGCUUGAUUUUAUCGCCAAUGGAACAAUUGAAAUGAAUAGAAUGAACGUUACAGCUCUUCUAGAAACUGCAGAUUUUCUGGACUUACAAAAGGCUAAGAUAAGAUGUGCUGGAUUUUUAGCUAAUGAAUUACGGGUGUCAAACUGCCUGGGAAUGAUGACCUACUCACAGCAAUAUAACUGUCCUGAGCUGUAUUCUUCUGCUUUAAAUGUGGCCCUUACUCACUUCUCAGAGUUGUAUAUCAAUGCAGAGGAAUUUACUCAACUUGACAAGGAAACUCUUUUUAAACUUUUGCAAAAGAGUGAUUUAUAUGUCCCUGCAGAAGACAAUAUUUUUGAGGCUGUCAUGAAAUGGGUAAUGGAAGACUCGGUUAGAGAAAAAGACUUUGAAGAUUUAAUAGCACAGGUGAGACUUCCUUUUCUUAGUCUCACCUUUCUUGAUAUUGUAGUAAAAAGAAGUCAAAGGGGAGGGCAUCAGGAUACAUACACUAGACUUCUGCAAACCUUGAAUGCCAAACCACCUAAGACUUGGACCACCAUAGAUGAAACUGUGGCAACCAGUAGAAACUAUGAUACAUUAUAUGUCAUAGGAGGAAAGCAUGAAAAAGAUCAGCAAGAGUUAUUUAUGUAUUUGCCUAAAACAUCCACGUGGAGAGCCUGCACACCGCUUCAACGAAAAAAUCUCACCCAGUAUGCAGUGGCAACAGUAGGCAACUUGGUAAUUGUGACUGGAGGUUACUUCCGUGGGGACUUUGUGUGGUACAGUAUAGACUGGGUACUUAUUUAUGACUCUUCCCAAAACUCUUGGACUGAGGGGCCACCAAUGAAGAUGUCCAGGAACUGCCAUUGUGCUGUGGCAGUUGGUUUGCACUUGUAUGCACUAGGAGGGAGUACAGAUGAAGGUGUAACUGCAGAUGUGGAAAUGUUGGACCUUGCAGUGCUGAAGUGGGAAAGUCGAAGUCCGCUUCUUAGACCUGUUGAAAGAGCAGCUGCAGCUAGCAGUGGCACUGAAAUCUAUGUCAUUUGUGGUCGAGAUGAAAAUGGAGAUGUAUACAGUGGAGUCCAACGUCUAAAUACUGAGACAAAUGAGUGGGAUGUGAUUUCUUAUUCCCCACUGCCAAGGUAUGACCUAUGUGCUUCAAUUCUUAAUGGAAUCUUAUAUACAGUUGGUGGCCAGACACUUCGAUUUGACCUUGCAACUAAGGAGUGGUUGGUUCUCAAUGAAGAAUAUUUGAACCGCAAGUUCUUUAUGGGAUGUAGCACAGUUAAUGGCCGAAUGUUCUUACUUGGACAAAGGAGAGCAAGUGUUACUCAUGAUAUCCCAAGCUUUGUGUUGUUUGACCCAUACAUGGAUAUCUGCCAAGUGGAAGAUAACAAAAUUCCUUGCCCUCUGCCUAUUAGAGGCUGUGUUACAAUAAGACGUUAUGAUGUUUGGUCUUGAGAAAUGUUCUUUUCUUUAUAGCAUGUGAAACAUGUUUUAAUGUUACUGCAAUUACACAAAUAAAUAAAUACAACUGUGCAUAGAGGUGAUAAUACAAAUCAUUUCCAUUUUACCCUCUCUACAUUACUGAAUAUAGGCUUACUUCAAUUCUAUGUCUACAGCUGUAGGAUAUAGUGAUAUGCGGAUUCAGCAAUAUUGCUAAUGGACAUUUCGUUAAAGCAUAUUUUUAAUAAUUAAAAUGCAUGAUUGCUACAUCU